AUGCUUUAUAAAGAAUUUUUUAAAGUACAAUAAUAUUAUUAAUAUCAGCAAUAAAAUAUUUUUAUUGAUAUCACAAAGUUAAUUGGCAAUCAAAAAUAAAUAAAUUAAAGUAGGGCAAGAGAAGUUGAAAUGUAAAAUGCAAGUAUCAUCAUUUCUUGAAUAAAGAGAAAUAAAUGGAAAAUCAACAUAUGUUUGUGAUGAUGAUACAAAUUAUGAUGAAAAAGAUUCAGCAGAGAAAGUGCAGAAUCUAGAUUAAUUAUUAGAAAUGGAAGCUCAACCAGAUAUAUAGCAUAUAACUAUGUUAAUUUAAGAAUACUGAUUUUAUUAUAUGUUGUCUAAAUAAGAAAUUCCAAAAGGAUGCUUUAGAAAUACUCAAAAUCUAAACUUAAGUAGCAAGAGUAGUUGUUGAUUAAGUUAAGAUGCUAAAUAUUGCUGAAAAUAAUAUUAAUAAAAUCAAGUACAAAUAUUAAAGAGAAAGUAGUUUUUAUUAAAAACAAAUUAAAUUAGACAUCUAAGCUUGUUAAUAUGCGAAUAAUUGA